UCAGUAUUGCACACCGCCAUGGUCACUUCAACCACGGGUGCAGAUGAAAAGCCAUGCCCUUUUGCUCUUCCAAGUACUGACGUGGAGGGACUGGGGGUCAUCAUUGCCUUCCUACUCCCUGCAUACGUAUGCUGGGUUGUCAUAGUAGCGUUCUACAUGCUGGGACUCAUCCCCGAUGUCUUGAACAACUUCGAUGAGUGCUUCCUUGGCGUUAGGAUUCGGCCUUCGAAUCGCUGGGGUGAAAUUCUUUGCAAAGGGGUCCUUGUUGCUGGCACUCAGCAGCUUGUCAUGGGCAUUGCAAUACUAUCCUCUGGCUUUGCGGGUGUGGCACAUAUGGUCCUCAUGGAUUUCCAUGUCAUGACAUAUCUUGCAUGGACAUCGUCUAUCAUGCAUAUGUCUACUUUGACCUUCCUCCCUUCAGACUUUCGGGAGUCCCUCCGAUUUCGCGCUCUGCGAGUAUCCAGCAUGUUAAUUUUGCUGAUCAUGCUAUGUAUCGCAAUAUUUCCAACCACGAAUUUCACAUGGGAUGAUUACAUCAAACUCGGCGGCAACUGUCAGAGUGCCUCAUAUUGUCCGAUGCUAAACGACACAGUCUCGUCUCUGUGGCAUGUGGCAGCUCAAUCGAACGGUCGUGGAAGACUCAGUACCCAGGGCGUGGUGUCCUACUUCCUACUUAUCGGCAGUUCCAUCUGGAAAGUUGUAACGUUAUUCCACAACGUGCGGGAAGGCUCACGCCGUUUCCUGCGCCAGCCUAUAUUCUACUUGGAACGCAUGAUAUGUCGUUUCCUCCAGAAAAGAGGCAAGACCGACUUCCGUUAUUGUACUUUCGUUGGCUUCUACAUUUUCUUCCUGGCUAUACUCGACUUUGCUGGCUCUUUUGCUUUCUACCUUUGGAUCGUGCUCACUUGCCUUGGAUGGGCUACCUUUCAACUAUUUUUUCCUCGUAUGCAGGCUCUCCCCUCUUGUGUUAGAGUACAACUGGAUGAGUGGAACUUUGGACAAAUUCUCCCAUUAAUGCUUCUCUUGCUUCCACUUUACAGUGUUGCUGAAUAUUACUUUGUUACUCUUAGCAAGCUAGACAUGGACAGCAGCCCUGGGCAGCAAAGAGCUAAUGACGGUCGACAUACAAUUCCACAAAAAGCAAUCUCGGAGCUUUUUCUCAGCCUCAGUGCAAGCCAAGCACAAUCUCAACCAAGCUCGACUGAUCCUAAAAUAUAUGCCGCCAUAUACGAUACCAGUUAUUUCCGAAUGAUGCUAGCCUUUCUGACUUUGGCUGUUGUGGCGACAACCGCUGGCUUCUUUGCACAAACCACUGUAGCUUUUUCCCUAGCCGAGGCGGGUAUCCCAGGACCUGAAGCCGCCAGCGCAGCCGCUAAGAAUGCCACAGUAUAG